AAACAAUUCAACAUUAAACACCUAACCAGAUUUUCCCAUUGCUCGGGAACAGCGCAACAAACCCAAACGACAGAAGAGAGGCCGUUCGACGUUACAAAAGCACGAAAGAAAAGACGAAAGGCCCCAUACUCGUCGAAAUGACACCUUCGGCAGCCCCGGCGGCUGCGCUGGAGCUCACCCUCAUCGUAGCCGCCACGCGGUCCAUGGGCAUCGGGUUCAACGGCGGACUGCCCUGGACGGGCCUCAAGAAGGAAAUGGCCUACUUUGCCCGCGUCACCAAGCGUCUUUCACCUCAGGCACCCUCUGGCGCAAUGAACGCCGUCAUCAUGGGACGCAAAACCUGGGACAGCAUCCCCGAGCGAUUCCGGCCCUUGAAGGACCGGCUCAAUGUCGUGAUAAGCCGUUCGCACCCCGAUCUCGGCACCGCGUCCUCGGGCGCCACCGCCACCGCCACCGCCGCCGCGACGGAACCGGUGCGCGUGGCGUCCCUCGAUGCGGCCAUCGCGUAUCUCUCCUCCGCGGAGCGCCCCCCCGUGGGGAAGGUGUUCGUCAUCGGCGGGGCGCAGAUUUAUGCCGCCGCUCUGAGGACGGCGUAUGCGAAGCGGGUGUUGCUGACCAGCGUGCUGGAGCCCGAGUUUGGGUGUGAUGUUUUCUUUCCUUUGGGGUUGGGGGGGGGAUUGGAAUCUGAGGUCAAGGGGUGGGCGAAGAGGGAGAAGGCCGCGCUGGAUGCGUGGGUGGGUGAGGAGGUCCAGGAGGGUGUGCAGGAGGAGAACGGCACGCGCUAUGAGUUCCAGAUGUGGGAGGCUACGGAGAGCAAUUACAACUAGAUGUCGAUUUGUCUGAGAACAUAUGGAGUGGUGGGUAAGUAAACUUUUAUGAUUGCUACUUUUUUUUUUUUUUUUUUUUU